UUAAAUAGAGCAAUAUAAACACUCGGCUGGGGGAAUAAGGGGCGGACGCACCCCGCCCCACCGCCGCUGCCAGUGAAAGCGGGGCCGGAGAGCUGCGCGGCGGCAGUGAGCCUGCAGCAUGGACAAGAACGCCUACGCCAUGGCCAAGUUCGGCCUGGAGUCCAGGGACAACCUGAUCCCCAAGCGGGACUGUGGCUUCUACAUGAAAUACAUCUUCCUAUUCACCUCGGUCAUCCAGCUCCUCAUCAUCCUGGGGCUGGUUCUCUUCAUGAUCUACGGCAACGCCCACGCCAGCACCGACACCCACCUGCGGCACCUGGAGGAGCAGGUCCAGGAGUUCUACAACAAGAUGACGCUGCUCAACGCCAAGAACAAAAACCUAACCCAGCAGCUCAACGCCACCAGCAAGGAGAAGCUCGGCUGCUCCCAGCAGCUGACAGCAACCCUGAAAGAGCUGGAGAAAUGCAACGCCAGCCAGCGGGCCUGCUUAACCUCCCAGGCCCAGUGCCAGAAUAUCUUGAUCUACGCUGAGUACAACAAGGUGAUGGUGGAGCAGUGCUACAGGAACAUGAACAUCCUGAACAUCACCUGCUACGCCGAGAAGCUGAGCCUGCGGGAGGCCCGGGACCGGCUGGUGCGGGAGGCCCAGCAGCAGCGGGAGAACUGCUCGCAGGUGACGGAGAAGCUGACGCAGGCGGCCAGCACCGCCAACAGCGAGCGGGAGGUCUGCCGGCAGGACGGCAUCCGCCUGCGGGCGCAGUACAGCGGGCAGAGCCAGGGGCAGAACCAGUGCUGCAGCCUGGGAAAAAAUAUGCUGGGCGAGAUCCAGAGCAUCCAGCAGAGCAUCCAGGGGAUAGUGGGGACCCUCCCGUCCUACCCGCCCCACAGCUGCACCACUCUGAGCCAGCAGGUGAACACCCAGCUCACGACGCUGGGGAACCAGCUGCAGAAGAAGCUGGAGACCCAGGCGGAGGAGAACGGGCGGCUGCACGGCGAGAAGCUGUUCAGCGAGGCCAACCUGCGGGAGUGCGGGCAGCAGCGCACCAGGGAGACCCAGCAGCACCAGCACCAGCUGCAGGCCCUGCAGGCCGCCUGCGACGCCGAGGCCAAGCGGAGCUACCAGGAGAAGCAGACGCUGACGGAGGAGAAGGGGCGCCUGAGCCAGCAGCUGCAGGAGAACAAGAAGCUCCUUGCCCAGGCUGAGAUCACCAAGGCCCAACUGGAGAGCUGCAGGAAGGCAAAGGGCAGUGCUUUGAACCCAGGCCUGAGAAAUCCUGGCAACCCCGGGACCUUCGGCAACCCUGGGACCUUCGGCAACCCCGGCACCUUUGGGAACCCCGGCACCUUCGGGAACCCUGGCACGUAUGGGAACCCCGGCACCUUUGGGAACCCAGGGACACUGGGGAAUCCCGGGACGUUCGGGAACACUGACAGCACCAGCCUGGAUGAAAUCAGAAAGCGACUCCUGGAGGCCAAACUGCCCAACCAGUUCCCCCCCAAACCCGUGGCGCAGCCCAGCGGCUAACCAGGGAGCGAGGCCAUGGGGAGCAGAGGCCGGGAGCUGAAUUGGAGCAAAGGGGAGGAAACGCAACUUGAUUGGCAAGAAACUUAGGAGACUGAACUGGUGCCCGGCCUGAAAUCGCCAUCUCCCUCAGGCAGAGACAGACACGCCUGGGCAGAGACUUCCAGAUAAGCGCACAUGUACAUGUGAAUCUCCCCACCCCACCCACACAGCCGAAAUCCAUCGUACACCCCCCUCCCCAGCUCCAAUCUCUCGCACACACACUUGGCCACACUCUCUGCUCACCCAGCUCAUGCUCACCCCAGGGACACACGCCCUCUGGGCCUCCCCCCUUAUUCCUGGUCCUGUUACCCCUGGUUCGCCAGCCCCGGAAGCUGGGCAUGCUGGUGGGAGGGGAGCUCAUGCUGACCUCGCCCUCUGGCAGCCCUCCCUCCGACUGGUAGCCCUUUGGGUGGGGGGUCUGGCCAGACCUGGCAGCACGGCCCAGGCCAAGCCGGGGGGAGGACCGUGGCUCCCUCUGUCUGACCCCACUCCCUGGGCUUUACUCACCCUUACAACCCCUGCUGAGAUCUCCUCCGUCCUCCCCCCCGCCCGGGCCUGGCCCCCGUCCUCCUCCAGCCACUCCUGCAUCCCUGCCCAGCCCUCGCUCCCCUCAGGCCUCAAGGCCCUGGUCUGCUCAGGCUCCGCGGCCCCAACACCCCUCCAGUACUGCAGCCCUUUGUCAUCUGGGCUCUUGCAGCUCACCCCAUCCCAGGGAGGCUCGACCCUGGGGCCCUGCCCAAUGCCACAACCCAGGCAGUGCAGGGGGCCGGCUGAGCGGGAUCUGCCAUGGAUGUGAACGCAGGGCCAGGAGGUGAAGGGAACCGCCGGGGCGGCUCCGGCCUCGCUCGCUGAUUAGCCCAGCGAUGCGGCGGAGGCUCGUGGCGCUUUGCUGUAAAUUCUUCCACCCCGCACUGAAUACAGGCCUGACGGCAGCCCGG